GAACUGAAACUGAAACUGAAACUGAAAUUGGGUUUUUUGUUCUCUCUCUUCAUCUUAUCUUCUUCUCUCUUCCUGAAUAGAACCUCAAACAAGUAACAAAUCAUACUUGGUGAGUUUAGAUUGAAUGUCGGUUGUUUUUGAUUUAAAAUUUGGAUCCGAGGAAUAUUUGUUCUGUUUCUGAAUUGAAUCGUGAAUUGAAUUUGGGUGUUUGUGAAAGAUCAGAGUUGUUGAAGAUGAGUAAAUCAGGAAAUUCGAAUUCUUUGACAGUGAAAAAGGAACCAGGAAAUCAGAAGACUAAAAUGGUUACGCUGUUUGCGGGAAGACUACAUCAAUGGCGGAAGAACGAUCAGAAACCGCAUUUCUCGAUGUCGAAACAACAAUACCCUAAAAAGGUUUGAUUGUCCUCGGAUUAGAGAAGCUUUUGCGGAGAUUGAAAGGCUUUGGUUACUGAGAAAUUUGAUUCUUUGGCUUUGCUUACUGAGAAAUUUGGUCAAGAUGGCCACUCUUGCCUAUUACUAUUGGGUCAGCAAUCUCAUUGGGAUCCAGAUGCCCACGAUGCACCAACACAAGUUGCUGUCAGCUGUGAUGAAUAUCAUGCUACGCCUGGUAGACAGGUUAAUUUUAAGGAUCGAGAUACCCAGGAUGCACCAACACAAGUUGCUGUCAGCCGUGAUGAAUGUCAUGCUACGCCUGGUAAACAGGUCAAAUUUAAGGAUCCAGUAAGUAGUUCAGAGGUGUGCGGAGCUGCUGCAGAGGGGCAAUAUCAUGAAAAUGAUGAUGCGUCGACUUGGAAUUCAGGGACCUCUCCUUAUUCCAACACAAUUGAGGAUCCUAGUUUUUCCUAUUCUUGUCUUCAACCAGUUCCUGAAGAACCUUCAUCUUCUUUCUCUGAGGCUGCUGCUGAUGAUCCAUUGCCAGCAAUAGAGGAUCUUCAUAUAUCAGGUAACCUUAUCCUGGGCGAGAGAUCCAAGCGUGUGGCUUUUCUACAAACAGAACAAUCAGCUGCUACUUUGAGGGGCAAAACAACCGAUCUACCUGGUCACAGCUGAUGAUGUGUAGACAUAUCAGGUUAUUGAAGUUCAGCAUUCCGAUGACAGAAAAAGAAAGACUGCCCGAUGUCAACAAAAAAAUCAAAGAAAUUCAUUGAUAUCAAUAAUGAUGAAGGUAAAAUAGUUGGACGUUUUGAUCCUAACAGUGUUUUAUCAGCUUUGAUACCUUCCCCUUCCCCUCCACCUCCACCUCCACCUCCAUCAACAAAUUUAUCAGCUUUUAUAUCGACUGGAAUUGCCAAGCUUAGAAAUUUUUCACAUACAACCACACUAGAUAUUUUUUUUAAAGAGGGAAAAUAUUUAAGUUGACCUUUAACCUUUUUCCAAGGUAAUCCCUUGUGUUUAGCUAAAUAAUAGCAAAAAUACAAUUUUCUAUACCCCUUAACCAUUUCCUCAACUUUAUCAUCAACAUAGAAAGUUUCUCUAGUGUGUUUAGAAACUAAAUCAUUUCCUAAUCGAAUGAAAAAUUUCCUUAAUCUCACUGACUCACAAAGCAUAAGAAUCAAAGUUUGAAUUGAGGUUUUUUUUAUUAGUCAUUCUUUGUAAAAAGAUAUCUUCAAUGGAGUUUAAAAACUGAUAUAUUCCAAUAGAGGAUGGAAGUUUGGUAUAGUUUAAAUCGAAAUCAACUCUAACCUUGACACCGUGAAUCUUAUGUCGUGUGGCUUCAUCAAACUUAUAACAAACAUGCCACAAAUCACCCACGAAAUACCCAAUCAAAUACACGUUCGGUUUAAAUAUCAAUACCUUCACUAAUAUACUCCAUCGGCUACUAAUGUGACAAAUCCUUUACAUGACCCUGACAUCCCAUUUCAUGUCUUAAAAUUUUUCUAGUCAUGGCUUUGAGAACCGAUUAUGAGUGCCCAAGUUCGAUUCCACGUACCUUUUCUCACCACACGGAAGUAACUUGAUCAACACGUCCCAUUAGUGGCCGAUGGGGGUAUAUUAGUGAAGGUAUUGAUAUUUAAACCGAACGUGUAUUUGGUUGGGUAUUUCGUGGGUGAUUUGUGGCAUGUUUGUUCUUAGUUUGAUGAAGCUACACAACAUAAGAUUCACGGUGUCAAGGUAAGAGUUGAUUUCGAUUUAAACUAUACCAAACUUCCAUCCUUUAUUGGAAAAUAUCAGUUUUUAAACUCUAUUGAAGAUAUCUUCCUACAAAGAAUAACUAAAAUGAAAACCUCAGUUCAAACUUUGAUUCUUAUACUUUGUGAGCCAAUGAGAUUAAGGAAAUUUUUCAUUCGAUUAGGAAAUGAUUUAGUUUCUAAACACACUUGAGAAACUUUUUAUGUUGAUGAUAAAGUUGAGGAAAUGGUUAAGGGUUAUAGAAAAUUGUGUUUUUGCUAUUAUUUAGCUAAACACAAGGGAUUACCUUGGAAAAAGGUCAACUAAAAUAUUCUCCCUCUUUACAAAAUAUAUCUAGUGUGGUUGUAUAUGAAAAAUUUCUAAGCUUGGCAAUUCCAGUCGAUAUAAAAGCUGAUAAAGUUGGUGGAGGUGGAGGGGGAAGGGGAAGGUGGUGGUGGAGGGAGAGGUGGAGGAGAAGGGGAAGGGGGAGGUGGAGGUGAAAAGGCAAGACAGGAACCUGAAAAUGUGGUUGUCAUAAAGAACCAGAACUUGGAUGAAAUGCAAUCCAAAGUCAAUGAGAAAGCUAUGUCCUUGAGUCAGAUUGUUGAAGAGAAAGACGAGCUGCACCAAGUAUUUUGUGAAGGUGAUCUUAACAAAGUAUGGGAAAUCAGAGCUUUGAAAAGAACAUCGCGACAAGAUGAAGCAAAGCAAAUUCUGGAGCGCAUUGCCAAACAGGUUCAACCCAUUAUGCGCAAACAUAAUUGGUUGGUUAAAGUUCUCUCUGAAAUGUAUCCCAAGGGGAAUGAACUUCUUGGAUUGAAUGUUAAUCGUGGGGUAGAAGUGAAGUUGAGGCUUCAGAGGCCUGGCAGGAAGUUAGAGUUCUACUCAUUUCAUGAAGUGUUGGAUACAAUGCUUCACGAGCUUUUCCAUAAUGCCCAUGGUCCUCAUAAUGCAAGUUUCUAUCAGCUAUGGGAUCAGCUUAUAAAGGAAUGUGAGGAAUCGAUGUCCAAGGGAAUAUCUGGCACAGGAGAAGGUGAUUUUUCUGGAAAAUGUUUAAAUGGGUUUUCUCGUCAGCAACCUCUAGCUUCCCUCCACAAAACAACCCUUGCUGCUGCUGAAAACAGAAAACGUUUCAAUUCCUUUCUACCAUCUGGACCUUUACGGCUUGGUGAUGAUAAAAAUAUAAUGUCUGCAUUAAGCCCUGUUCAAGCUGCUGCCAUGGCAGCUGAAAGGAGACUACAGGAUGAAAUAUGGUGUGCUUUCGUUUCUGGUGGCUUUGCUGAAGAUUUGGGGGACUCUGAUUUCUUGAAGCAAUUGUACCGUGUGAGCCAGCUUCUGCAGUGCCAGUUCAAAUGCCUCUGAUAGUAAUAACGUACAUUCUGGAGCUGCAGGAUCCUGAAAAUAUGGUUGUCACCCUGGCUAAUGAGAUUGACAUGAAGAACCAGAUGCUGGAUGAAAUGUAAUCCAAAGUCAAUGAGAAAGCUAUGUUCUCGAGUCAGAUUGUCAAAGAGAAAGGCAAGCUCCACCAAGCAUUUUAUGAAGGUCAUUUUUUCAAAACCUCAAAACGUGUUUUUAUUCAAUUAUAUGCCAUGCUGCUUUUGUUGAUACAUAUGUUUAGAUUUUUGCUAUGUUAUAGCAUGCUUGGUUCUUUUUCUUUCUGCCCUUGUGGACUAAAAGUGUAGUAUGAAAAACAUGUUUGUUUCUCAUGGGAAAUGAGAGGUUGACUAAUUUAAACCUCUAACGAGAGUAUUUGGUUAAGAGAGUAGAGGUUUGAGUCCAAUUAGCCAAUUUUGAAAAAUUUGGUUGCUGAAGAUCUUUUGGAAAAGAGGUUUGUAUAUAUAUAGUUGUGAUUUGUGGAUCGACUAUUCUAUCUUUGGAUUAAGUGUUUGGAGAUUGGAUACUUAUUAGAUCAUGCGUUCAUAAUGUAUAUAGAGAAGUGAAUUGCUCAUAUGCGAUUGGUUGAAACUUCAAACUUCUACCUGA